AUGUAUUAUAUUAAUUUUUCAGUGGGCGGUAUGUCCCGCGGAGGUAGCGGGGCUGGUAAGACAGCGACUGCGAAGCGCGUGCCUCCGCCGGCGGUCCCAGGGGAUGCGUUUGGGACUCCUCAACACAGACACUCGGGCUCCAGCUUCGGAUCCCAAGGUUAUGCCUCGUGUGAGGAACAGGCAUACCCGCAGCCGCCUGACACGCCUUCACAUACGAGAGAUGAUCACUCUGACUAUGGCAGCACAGUGUCCGGUGUGUCCGGUGCUAGCGGCAGUCUGGGCAAGAGUCCGGCCGGUGGGGGAACCUUCACCUUCCCUCCUCCCACACAACCACUCACACACAAGGCAGCUGUGUACUAUCAUCACCAACUGGCGCUGAGUGACGACCAGGGCAUAGAUAUGACGCAGAGCCCCGGUCGUGAUAGUCCCGGGUCAUCGUCGGGCUCCGCUGGGUCAGGGUCUCGACACUCAUCCGCGUCUUUGGACAGCGGCAGAGCGUCCGGUCGAAUGCCACACCAUCAUCAUGCGACUUGCCACUGUGGAGAUACCGUCGAUAGAGUACGAGCUAUGAUCGCUCAAGGACUACCGGAUCAUGAUAUAAUUCACGCAUGGCUGGCGGAUUUACAAAUGGAAGAAUACGCGAGGCUGUUCGUUGAAGCUGGUUACGAUCUAGCAACCGUCACUAGAAUGACUCCCGAGGAUCUUACAGCGGUGGGCAUCAAGAAACCAAACCAUAGGAAGAGGUUAAAGGCUGAACUUACCAACCUUAACGUGCCCGACAACCUGCCUGAUUACAUCCCGGGUUCUCUCGAGGAGUGGCUUCGUCUGCUGCGGUUGGAGGAAUAUGGACCGGCCUUAGUGGCACAAGGAUAUAGGACUGUGCAUGACGUCACACAACUGGCCUGGGAGGACCUAGAAGAUAUGGGCAUCGUACGUUUGGGACAUCAGAAGAAAAUUUUGCUCGCCAUUAAAAGAGUGAAAGAUAUUAGGGCGGGGAAGAGAAGUAUCAGCAGCCAAGGAUCACUUGAUUUCACGAGGCUAUCGGGACAGGAUUUAUAUACCCGAGAGCAUUACCAGCCCUGGGAGAGGAGGAGUUACCAUAAACCCCCCGAUCUAAAGUUUGACGCUCUACCGACCUUAGCCACUGAUUUGGUUCCUAUCCAGAUACGUCAUCCGCGCGGGAAAUCGCUCGAAAGUUUAGAAGAUCCGACGGAAAGGACUUCGCAUACAACGUUUUCACCUGAAGCGGGAUUCUAUUAUGGAGGGCAAUGGAGGCGUUCUUAUGAUGAUGGGGAUAUAACGCCUACAAACGACAGCUCGUACGAAGGCGGUGGAACUCUGCCGCGUCCGAGAGGCUUAGUGCGACCGCGGCCCGUCGCGAAAAUACAAGCGACGCCAGCAUACAGAGACAAAUCACCAGAUUACACCUACGACGAGAUAGCCUACUCAGCUAGAUUACAACGCGUCGCAUACGGCGCUAGUCCUCACGUAGCAAGGAAACCCCCACCAGAACCGCCAAAACGACAGAGUUCUCAAUACGCACCGUUCACGAGAUUCGGUCAAACGACGGUCGAAAUUCAUCCUGAGAAGAGUCUCCCACUAAGUCUUCCCGCGUAUCCAAGUUCGGAUUCUUUGAGCGUUUCUUUGGACAGCACGGGAUUAUUACCGCCGCCGCCCGCACCUUCAUCUCCACCUAGGAGAUACGAAGAAGAUAAAAUGAGGACCGGUUCCGAUGCUAGCUUUAAGUCAAGUUCCAGUACCGAAUCAGAUAGCAUUCCAUUCGCCAACGAGAACGCGGGAACGAUAAAACAGAACAGAGGCCAAAUAACUGGUAGACCGCACACCGUCGACUACGGACGGACGGGCAUUAACUUGACCGGUCUACCGCCACGGAACCCUGAUAUGAAACCCAACCACCCCCUCCCCGAACAUAAAGAUGAAAACAAAAGUACGGAACCAGUUGACGUACUCAACGACAUAGGCAACAUGCUAGCCAACCUAACAGACGAAUUAGACGCCAUGUUGGAAGAAGAAAAACGCCAGGGUCUGACUGAUUCCUAA